GAUUAAUGUUUGAAAUCUGAUGUAGCUUUCACUUCUCAGAGACAGGAAUGUGAGAUACAGAGCAAGAUCCCAAAUAAACAAAAAUUACUUGUCGUUUUCUGAGGCAUCUAUUUAAAUCAGUUAACCUGAGAGUUCCUUUCUAACAUGAAACCCAUGUUAACUAAGUAACAUGAAUAAAUGUGUAGCCCCUAUGUACUUUUAAGUGAAUGAAUUAGGGGAGAAUAUUGCAGAAAUUAAGGCGAAGUGAAGGUUUCUGAGUGGUGAGCUCAAGAAGUAAGAAGCUAGGCUCCUGGAUAGGAAAUCAUUGCUGCUGCUGGUAGGCAGGGCCAGUCUCCUGGGUGUUUGCCCUGUGCACACAAGAAGCAUGAUCCAUAAAAGAGAAAAUUGAAAAUUGGACUUCAUUAAAGUCAGAAGCUUCUGCUCUUCAAAAGAUUAUUAAGGAAAAGUAAAGACAAGCUAUAGACGGGGAGAAAAUAUUUACAGGUCAAAUCUAUCUGAUACAAGAUUUAUAUCCAUAAUAAAGAUGACUAAACUCAUAAUAAAAAACCAAACACAAUAAAAAAGGGAUAAAAGAUUUGAACAGAUAUGUCACCAAAGAAAAUAUAAGCAUACAACAGGAUUCUUAGCAUCAUUAGUCAUGAGACACCAUUACCAACUUAUUAGAGUCCCUAAAAAUUAAAAAGGUUAACCAGAGCAGGUGUUGGAAGAGGAUGGAGAAGAACUGGAGCUGUCAACACGGCUGGUGAGAGUGUGAAACUGGAUACCUACUUUGGAAAACAGCUUGACAAUUUCUUAAAAAGUUGACUAUACUCCUACCUGCUAUAUGCUGCAGCCAUUCUACUACGAAAGUAUUCAACAGAAAUGGAGCAUGUGUUCACAGGCCUGUAUAUUAGUCUUUCUGAUAUAUUUUACUGUUCAUAAAAGCUUUAUUCCUAUAAGCCCCAAACUGGAAACAACCAAAAUGUCCACCAAAGGUGAAUGGAUAAACCAAUUGUGGUAGAAUUAUACUCAGCAGUAAAACGAAGUGAACUAGUGAUGAUACAUGCAGCAAUGUGGAUGAAUCUCAAAAUAAUGGUGCUGCAUGAAAUAAGCUAGACCAAGACCGUAUGUCAGGAUUCCAUUUACACAGCAUUCUAGAAAAUGCAUUUAUCUGUUGUGACAGGAAGCAGAUCAGUGGUUGAUCCAGAGGAGACUGUGGGAGGAAUUAGAGGCACGGAGAAACUUUGCGUGUGAUGGAUAUGUUAAUUAUUUUGAUUGUGGUAAUGGUCACACAGGUGUACAAAUGCCAGACCUCACAAUUUGCAUAUUUAAAAUACGUGGUUUAUGUCAAAUAUACCUCCAUAAGUGUUUAAAAGCUGAGUGUAUCAUGAUUCAUGUUAUAUAUACAACCAAAAGCCUUCAGAAUAUAGUCUUGAGUUACCUUUUUCUCAACAAAAAUCAAUUCAUAGUCAUAGCACAAUCUAAAUAUGAACAGAUUAAACUAUGUCGACUUCAGUUUUCUUUUUUUCCAGUAGCACCGCAGCCUAAGGAAACAGUGUGAGUGUGCCUUUGCUUCAGGUCAAAGGACGCCGGGCACAAGAACAGAGAGAGCUUUUAACUUCACUCACUAGAGGGUGACCUCAUCUGAGCACGUCCUGGUCAGCAUGCCAACCUCCACCCCCUCCUAAAAAGGUGGUAAACGCAAGCAACUUUCUUGGGCGUGUGAAAGGACAAACCGGGGACAAUAAUCCUGCCAGCUCCGAGCCCGAAAUUCGACAGCCGACUAUACGGCAGAUCUUACUGUAGGGAGGGUCAUGAGCCCGAAUUAAGUUGAAAGAAAAGAAAAAGGAAGGGAAAGGAAGAAAAGAAAAGGAAAGAGAAGAGAAGAGAAAACAGAAAAAAAAAAAAAAAGACAAAGAAUAGGCAACGGCUCCGGCCCAGAGUCCCAACUCUGCCUGGUCACGUGCCCGCGCCCCCAACUUUCUGGUCCGAUGCGGCUCCCAGGCCCUGUACUUUUGGUUCCGCCCGCUGGCUGUCGGCUACUACCCCGGCGCAUUUCCGGCCGUGGUGGGACAGUCUGCGGAAAGUAGGGCGCUUCGCGCCCACCGACCAUGCCCGCGGGCGUGUCCUGGGCCACCUACUUGAAAAUGUUCACCGCCAGCCUCCUGGCCAUGUGCGCCGGGGCCGAAGUGGUGCACAGGUACUACCUGCCGGACCUGACAAUACCUGAAAUUCCACCAAAGCCUGGAGAACUCAAAACGGAGCUCUUGGGACUGAAAAAGAGACAACAUGAACCUCAAGUUUCUCAGCAAUAGAAACUUCAAAAUACAACUCUGUCAAGAACUCCGUGAAUAUUUUAAUUUAUUUUUCAGAGAGAGAACGUGUGCACAUGCAAUCGUGCAAUCGGGGUCCUCGAGGGGCAGAAGGAGAGAGAGAAUCCCAAGGCUCCGUGCUGUCAGCACAGACCCCAAUGCAGGACUCGAUUCCCCAAACCAAGAGCUCAUGACCUGAGCAUAAAUCAAAAGUCAGAUGCUUAAGUGACUCAGCCACCCAGGCGCUCCAAAGUUUGAAGUUCUUUAAUUGUGUACUUGACAAAAUUAUGAAAGAUGUCACUUGGACUGUCGCAAGUUCUUUACCCCCAAAUUUGAGAAACCAUGUUACUAUGUAAUCAUUCUUACAAAAUAAAUUUUAAAAUAACUGAAAAGCUUAAAUGA